CCGGUCGUCGUCAGUGUGUUCUGGUCGGUGUAGUCGUACUCGUGCCCGUUUAUUAUAAUACGAAUCAGAUACUUAUACUAUAUAGUAUAUAAUAGUUGUGCACACUAUCAUAAUAACGAUGAGGCGAAUGAUGAUUUCCUAUUUUGAUUUAAUAAUUUUUUUAAACGUGUUUAUUGCAGYUUUAUCGAUCUCCACUUCAGACGCGUAUAUUCCAGACGCUUCGUUAAGUGUGCCGAAAAUAAUUAAACGCCAUGGCUAUCCAUCCGAAACUCAUAUAGUGGAUACGAAAGAUGGAUAUCUAUUGGAAGUCCAUAGGAUACCACACGGAAAAACCAUUAAACAGUACAGAAAAUUCCCAGUGUUCCUACAACACGGAGUCGUAGCUAGUUCUGCUGACUGGAUAAUCAACGGGCCUUCGAAAGCGCUGGCUUACCAAUUAGCGGAUAAUGGUUUCGACGUAUGGUUAGGAAAUUCAAGAGGCAACACGUAUUCUCGUGCUCACAAGAGCAUCAGUCCAGAUAGUGAAGAAUUUUGGAAUUUUAGUUUUCACGAAAUGGGAAUCUAUGAUUUGCCGGCCACCAUAGACUUCAUCUUAGAACGCACGAACCAAAGUAAAUUAUACUACAUAGGCCAUUCGAUGGGAUCUUGUAUGUUUUUCGUCAUGUGCUCUAUGCUGCCAGAAUACAAUUAUAAAAUCCGAGCCCAAAUAAGUUUAGCUCCAGUGGCCUACGUUCAUCACAUGACUUCCGUUUUAAAUAGUUUAGUUCCGUAUGCAUACCAAAUACAAAAAGCUUCGAAUUGGGUUUCGAAAGGAGCGUUUUUACCGCAAAACGCUGCCAGCAAAUUAGUAAAUAAAUAUUUAUGUGGAGAUGAUGCUAUCAAUUCAGAGUUGUGUAAAAAGUAUAUUGUUUAUAAAAUGUUCGGGGAGGAUACUGUUCAAUUUGAUAUGACCUUACUUCCUAUAAUAUUAGGACACAAUCCAGCUGGUACGUCAGUUAAAACAUUAAUUCAUUUCGCACAAGAAAUCACUACAAAAAACUUUCAACAAUUUGAUUUUGGGAAAGAAAAAAACCUUGAGGUGUAUAAUUGUUCACAUCCACCAAAAUACAAUUUGAGCAACAUAAUAGUUCCCAUAGCCUUUUAUUAUGCUAAAAACGAUAUACUAGCAGAUCCUGCAGAUGUGGUGGAGUUGUAUUCACAUCUUCCAAACAGAUUAGGGYUACAUCUCAUUAAAUUUGACAAAUUCAACCAUGUUGAUUUCCUGUACAGUAAAAAUGUUACUGAAAUGGUAUAUCAAAGUUUAAUGAAUACAAUAUUUAAAGCUGAAUUUGAUGAUUGGAUACCAGAGUUUGAUAAUACAACUGCAUUAAAUACCAUAAGUGAUUACAAUCAAUGCAAAGAUGAAAGAAAUGCAAGGACCACAAAUAAUGGUUUUUGGCAUAAAUUUAGUUCGUUUAUAAAAAAGAAAGAAGUAUAUCCAUUAAAAAGUUUUAUGAGAGAAGAUAAGGAAGUAAAUGUUAAAUUAAGGAACACAAUUUUAACGGCUUGGAAUCAAACAUAUUUUGAAUAGUAAUCACAAUAUUCUUA